AUGUAUCAUCCACCCCGCCUUCCCUCGCCUCUUUCCCGGAUUCCCAACGCCCACUGGUCCGCUCCGUUCUCACGUCUCUGGAUCCUCUGGGUCCGCUUUGUGCGCAAUGAGAACCGGACGCUCUACAGCGCUCACCGCAGGCUUGGUCCCAUCAUCCGUGUCGGGCCCAACGAACUGAGCAUCAAUGAUCUCGAAAGCGUCCGCACUGUCUACCAGGGCGCCUUCGAGAAACCCGCCUGGUACUCGGUCUUUGACAACUAUGGCGUCCCGUGCAUGUUCUCAGCCCACCCUGCGGUAGAGCACUCGGCACGGAAGCGGCUGAUCUCGCAUGUCUACUCCAAGUCGUACAUCCAGUCGAGCGCGACGGCAUCGGCUCAGGCCCGAGUCAUUCUCUUUGAGAGACUGCUGCCGAUUCUUGAGGACUCAGUUGCCGAGUCCCAGCUUCCCCAUGGGAUUGACAUCUACUCCGUUUUCAUGGCAGCGACCAUGGACUUCAUAGCGUCCUUCAUCUUUGGGCUCAGCAAUGGCACCAACUUCCUCGGCGACAAGGCAUAUCGGGACCAUUUUCUCGAGCAGUACAAGGCCCGUAAUGACUACGGGUACUACGACCAGGAGAUGCCACAGCUGACCAGGUUCUGCCGCAAACUCGGCUGCUUUGAUCAGCCCGUCGUUUGGAAUGCGCUUGUCAAUGGGUUGCAGAACGAGGAAGCGAAGAACGGUCAGGCGUCAAUAUUGUACCCGACCGCCUUGUCCAACCUCAAGUUGUCCGUUGCCUCCGAGCUCUUCGACCAUGUCCUAGCUGGCCAGGAAACCGCCGGUUUGACUCUAACCUAUCUCAGCUGGCGGCUGUCCCAGUCGCUGGAGCUCCAGGCUAAGCUUCGAGGGGAACUUUUGAGCCUAUCACCCAAUAUGCAGCUCGACGAAGACGGCACACCAGCAAUGCCAGAUGCCAAGCAGUUGGACAGUUUGCCGCUGCUCCACGCCGUUCUCACGGAAACCCUCCGCCUCCACGCGCCGAUACCCGGCGCGCAACCCCGGCAGACACCAGAGUCAGGCUGCCGAAUUGGGCCCUACCGCGUUCCGGGGGGCGUCAGGAUUGCCGCGCUCGCGUACACUCUGCACCGUGACGAAUCCGUCUUUCCAGAACCCGAGAAAUGGGACCCCACGAGGUGGCUUCCGUCCUGUGCCGGUGAGGAGGACAGGAAGCGGAGGAACAAGCAGUUCUGGGCCUUCAGCUCGGGAGGCAGGAUGUGCAUUGGGUCGAACUUCGCCAUGCAUGGUGAGUUGAGUAUCGCUGAGGUCACGUUCGUGACGAGGUCUCAACAAGAGAGCCACAUCGUAGACGACGACGGCAUGGAGCAAUCCGAUGGUUACACUGGGCGCCCCCGGAACGAAGAACUGUUCCUGCGAUUCGAGAAGGUUGUUGGCAAACAACACCAGCCGCCGUCGACUGCUUGCAAGUAA